CAUCGUGGAACUUCAGUCUCUUCGAAGGUGGCCAAACACGAAGGUACUCUCUUCGGAACCGAAGAAUCGAGGAAAUUUUUGCUUUCCGUUUCGUUUGCAACUACGCGCGAAAAACUAGUUCACGAUAAACGUCAGUGAUUCCUUUUAUUUCUUUUUCCCUUUUUUACCGACUUGGAUCGAGUUUUUUUUUUUUUUUUUUGCCGUUAGAUCGACAUUAGAUUGUCGUCAAAUCUAAUAACAUACGAUGGCGCAACUUGUGGCAGCGGUGUACGACAGCUACCGAGAUCUGAUGGACAACAAGAGCGAUCCAAGGGUCAAUAACUGGGCAAUGAUGAGCAGCCCGUUCCCGACUCUCUUCAUCUGCCUGUUUUACGCCUAUUUCGUCAAGGUUCUCGGCCCCAAGCUCAUGGAAAAUCGCAAGCCUUUCGAACUGAAGAGGGUCCUGCUCUACUACAAUCUCUUCCAAGUGGCACUCUCCACGUGGUUGUUCCACGAGUCCUUGGCAUCCGGGUGGGGAGGCUAUUAUUCGUUCCGUUGUCAACCGGUAGACUAUUCAAACAGUCCGAUGGCAUUGCGAAUGGCACGUGGCUGCUGGUGGUACUACUUCUCCAAGUUCACUGAAUUCUUUGAUACUAUAUUCUUCGUGCUGAGGAAAAAGAAUAACCAAGUCUCGAGGUUGCACGUGAUUCAUCACGGAGUUAUGCCACUAUCCGUUUGGUUCGGUGUGAAAUUUUCUCCUGGCGGUCACAGCUCGUUCUUCGGCAUGCUCAACACAUUUGUACAUAUCGUGAUGUACUCGUACUACUUUCUGGCCGCCCUCGGCCCAAAGAUACAGCCGUACCUCUGGUGGAAGAAAUAUUUGACCGUCCUGCAGAUGGUGCAGUUCAUCCUCGUGAUACUCCACGCUUUCCAACUUCUCUUCAUCGAAUGCGACUACUCGAAGGUGUUCGUCUGGUGGAUCGGAAUGCACGCGGUCAUGUUUUACUUCCUGUUCCGCGACUUCUAUGUACAGACAUACAAGAAGAGUAACGCGGCUGCCAAGACGUCGGUGAAUAAGGAAACCAAGGUGAACCAAGAGAACGCGAAACAACCGAACAGCGAGAAGGAGAACGGCAAGAUGUACGCGAACGAGUACAAAAUGGCGACCGGCUACAUCUCGGACAAUGGCCUGAGGAAUCGCGUAUUUAUCGACAACCGCGGCUUCCAGGAAUAAGAUCGCAGUCCGUCAUUGCAGUACCAGUUUUCACGCGAUACGGUUUCCCGGCUGAUUCGGUAACUCUGCGAAAAAAAAAUCGGCAAAGGGCCGACGAGCAAUCUGCAUACGUCGGUGCUGCCAAACGAACGAAUUAAGUUCGACACACAGUGUGUAACAGGUUUUAUUCGUUCGUUUGCCGAGUCAACUGUUUGUUGUUGUACGUAACACACGGUGAAAUUACCGAUUCCGGUCGCUUUCGACAUUCAGUUUCGUGAAUCGGUCGAGUUUCUUUUAUUUUAUUUACAACGGCUGUCAGCCAGUGGAGUGUAAGAAAUUAAUCUUGCUCAAUCCGUUGAAUCUCUUUCUAUUUCUUUUUGUUAAAUUAUUAGAAGCAGAUGCUGACACUGCGGGAAUAAUUACGUCAUUUAGACGUGAGAAUUUGAUAAAAAUCCAAUCGAUAAUAGGAUAUUUACAGCCAAUAUUUCUUCUGUUUCUCUAUUUUCGUAGUGACGACAGUAUCAAAAAGUAUAUGUAUACCGAGAAAUGUACUCACGUUCAGUUUUGUUCAAACUGCGAACGGUAGAGUAGACAAAUUACGCAGAGGAGAGUGGCAUUCUUUGAAACGUCGUCCGUAUUUUUCAGUUUUUCAUUUCCAAAAGGACUUCGAUUUCAAAGAUUGAACCGAAUGUAUGAAAACCGACUGUAUCGUGCGAACCGGAUUACGACGGACAACGGCGAAUUCAUAUCGGACAAGUUCACCAAGCAGGCAAAUUUCUUUUCGCAAAUCACGCCUGAUAUCAAGGAUACAUUAGAUUAGAUUCAACCUUCGAUUAGUUCACACCCAUCAACUAAAUUAUCGAUUACCUCCGGUACGGAUGAGGGUACGUUUGAAUGAGAUCUUAUACAUAUUUUCACGCUUUCUGUGCGAGUUCUCUGUAUGUCGUGUCUAUAGAGUGUAUACGGUAUGCGAGUAUGUACAUAUGUAUAUGUAGGCGAAUGUACAAGUUAGAAACAUAAGGAAACGGGCGGUGAUACCUAACUGUUACACUCAACUUUCGCCUCGAGUUAAGCUCACGAGAGAGUUGCCAAAUUUUUCCUUCGAGGCUCUCCACAUAUCGUUCUUCUGUCACUUCAAGGUUGACUGAAUGUAGGAUGUAUAUGGAAGGUGUCACCGACACGGCGAAUCGCGUGAUCGAAACUUCGCCGCGAUCCAGCGUUACGCUCUUGUUAUUGCUCAAAUCAUCCAUUACGAAUGAAGCUUCUUGUCCUUUUUCUCUCUACGACUCUACGUUGUAAAAAUCUUAGUCACUCGGAUUAGCUGCGUCGUUCGAUCAUCGAGGUAAAUCUACGACGAAUAUAGAAGUUAAUCUCACGAUUAAGAAGUCGCGAGCAAUCUUCUCGCAUACGAGGUUACAAGGUUGUUGGUCAUUUGGAUAAAUUCGAUCGAUCUUUAUCGAGAACGACAGGGGAAAAAACCGCUCAUUCGGCCAUUGGAAACGCUUUGUGAUCAAAAGUCGAACGAACUUUGGAAUGCUUAGAGCUGUUAGAACGCUUGGUUGUCGAUCUCUUUGUGAUACGAUUGCUUUUGUCCUCUCUCGGUAGUUUUCUGUGAUAGUCACGCGGGUCUAUUUAGAACUGAUUUCUAACAGGAGGACAUACACAAGCGUUUUCUCUUGCCCAUGUAUGAAAAAUAAUGAUUCGACGUUGGGAUUCGUGUUUGCCCCAAUUUGGGAGAAGUCGAUUGAAUGUGACGCGAAGUAUACAUUCAGUAUGUAGAAUAAAGAAAUCUGUAUAAUACAUUAGCAAGAAAUGAGAGAUGUAUUUAUUUUAUGAUUAAAUUGUACGAUUUUUAAUGAA